UACCCAGUUCCAUUUCUUAAUAGGCAGUGUCAGUCGUUUUAGUUAGCUGAACGCUGCGUUAUACUCGUGUUUAUCUGGAUUCUACCUGUCGUACGAUAAAGUGUUCUUAUCGAAGUGCUUGCUAUCACCGCCAAAAAUAAUUUUUGGAUUUUUUCUUUCGCACGAGGCCGUUUAUUUACAAGAUAGGGCACCUUAACACUCUAUAUGGCUUUGUUACUAUCUGGCUUUUCAAAGUCAAGUUCCCGAGUCGACCUGCUAUUUGAAAACUGGAUAAAUUGACAAACAGGAAAAUAUUGUUAUCCUAUUUUUUUCGUGACUUGACGUGACGCGAUUCCCAGAAUGCCUGGUGAAAGGUUCCUAGUUGCCACUCCUGAUAGCUCACAGGAAGAUGAAAUUGGUAUUUUUGGAGAAAGCUGCCAAGAUAUUAAUGGAAGGACAAUCACUGGUGGGAAUCAUUAUGUUCCAGGUCCUGAUUCAUGUACAGUCUGUCUGUGUGAUGGAGGAAAACCAAAAUGGUGCCAGGCUGUUUUGUGUGCUGCUCCAAAGGAUUGCAAAUCCUUCAGAAUUGGUAGUUCUUGUUGUGAAUUUAUUUGCUUGGAUAACUCAGAUGGAGUAAACGAUGAAGGGUCAACUGAUGUUACCUGGGGUGAUGAAAAUUGGGUUGGGGGUGACUUAGGAUUGCGUUUAGUAGCCACAGCAGUCACUGCUGUACUUUCCCUGGCUCUUCUAGUUUUCCUUUUUUAUCGUUUAAAAAGACGACGCGCACGGAGGCACUCAGCCUGCCAUGAGAUGGAAGGGGACACAAUUCCAUCUAGUAGCAUAGUGAGUUAUGACCAUGGAGACCUGACAAGCAGUACUGGGCAUUUGAGCAGGCAACCCCAGCCACUGAUAAAUCUUGGGGAGCAUCAAUCUCCAUUGUGUGUGAUGUGGAAGCUACCUAGUUCAUCUGCCACAGAUUAUCCGCCACCAUACUCUGAAAAUCCAAUGAACCGUCUAACAAUUGAAGAUCAUGAAACGAUUCGUGAAACAACAAGUCUUUUGGCUGUUCCAUCGGCCCCGUCAAAUGAUUUGAUGAACGACGUGCCGAUCAGUCAGGUGUCGUUGGUGCGACGGAGCAAUGAUACAUUAGAUUCCGGCGAUUUUUUGGAAGCUGGUACUCCUCCGCCUAGCUAUGCCGAAGUACUUGCCUCUAUUUCCACUCCAGCUAUAAACGAGAUCGAAGAAAACUUCUCACCAGUCAGAGACGAGGACGUGCUUCCUUCUGCUCAAUGGAGGAACAGUUUGAACCUACCAAGAGAACGUUCCCCAGCCGAAGUUGCCAUCCAACGAUUCAGCCUACAACUUGCCCUGGACUGCUCAGACACAAGCAGUUGCACAAGCAGUUCGAGCCACGUCCAGCCUGGGACUUUGAGCACUUCUUCCUCUUCAUCUGCCACGUCAAUUGUCCAUCUUGGCUCCCAUUGAUUUUGUCUACUAAUCUUAUAGCAGCAUCAAGUAUCUACCUAACGCAGAAUUUAGUAAAACAAAAAGAAAAUCAGCUAUUCAGUCUAGAAGAUCUCGUUCGACUGUUCGAUAUAUUGAUUCUGCUCUCGUUGUGUCUCCUUUUACUCGCUUCUCUUUUUUACUUGACUUUGUGGGGCUUCUCCAUGUAUUUUCUUUUCAACUGCCUUCACAUAGUUAACCUUUGAUUGUCAUUUAAGUAAUUAUCUACUUGAAAAUUUUUCAUUAAUUAUGAUUUAUAAGGUUUUCUUUUCCGAAACAUUGUUGACUGAUAUUCGUUACAACGUUUCGAUUAUGUAAAGGAAGUACGUAGAAUAGGGAUUCGAAAAUAGCAGUCAUCUAUUGAUGCGCACAGACGUCAUUAAUAAUCCUCGUGGCAAUCCCGCCGGUGACGGUAGGUGCUUGUAGAGCAGAUUUCUCGUGCUAUUUAAUCACGCCCCUAAUUUCAAAUUUGUAAUGGUAGUCUACUGUCGACCACUUUCGAACAAAUAAAUAAAUUGACUUGAAGCGUA